AUGCACGAAACGGUCACGGAGACAAAACAGAACACAUGCCACGACGUUCUGACAAAUGUCAGCGAUACGUUCUAUACAGUCAGCGAAAGCCCGAAACUCGCCGUGGUAGCAAUGCUACUCCCAGCGAUACACAUUCGCACUGGAGCUGGACAGCUUGGCUUUCUCAGUCAAGUUUCUCCUACCUCCCCGCUGGCCGGGUGA